AUGGCCCUGUCCCGUGCACUUCUCGUCCGAUGCCCUCGCCCUGGCCAGCCGGCGGCGGCCCGUAAGGCGUUGACACGGCGCUCGUUCGCGAGGCUGACCACCCCCUCCAACCUCUUCGACCCUUUGGACACCUUUGCGGAGCGUCACAUCGGCCCCGACGACCAUGAGGCCAGGCUCAUGCUUUCCAAACUUGGAUGCGAGUCCAUCGACUCGUUCGUAGCCGAGGCGGUCCCGGCGCACAUACGCUUGUCUCCCCAUGCCCUGGACAAUACGUCCAUUCCGGCCCUCAGUGAAUCCCAGCUUCAAAAGCGCGCGCACGAGCUCGGAGCGAUGAACAAGCGCUUCAGAAGCUAUAUCGGCAUGGGCUACCAUAACGCCGUCGUUCCGCCUGUGAUCCUGCGAAAUGUCAUGGAGAAUCCCGCUUGGUACACCCAAUAUACACCAUAUCAACCGGAGAUUGCUCAAGGUCGAUUGGAAUCCCUCGUCAAUUUUCAGACAAUGAUCAUGUCUUUAACCGCCAUGGAUAUCGCAAACGCCUCUUUGUUGGACGAAGCAACAGCAGCUGCGGAGGGUAUGGUCAUGGCCUUUGCCUCGGCGAACCAGAAACGCAAGGCUUUUCUGGUUGACGAGGCUGUAGCGCCUCAAACCCAGGCUGUUCUGCGCACACGGGCGAAGGGGUUCGGCAUUCGCCUUGUGAUUGGCAACAUACAGUCCCUCGCCAACGACGAGUCUCUCCUUUCGGAAACUUGCGGUGUUCUCGUGCAGUAUCCCGACGUGGACGGCGAUAUUCGCGACUACGCUAAACUCGCGGAGGCUAUCCAUUCUUCCAACGGAUUGGUGGUGUGCGCGACGGAUCUCCUUGCUUUGACAAUGCUCAAGCCGCCUGGAGAGUGGGGCGCUGACAUCGUGGUGGGCAAUUCAGCCCGAUUUGGUGUUCCUGCUGGAUAUGGUGGCCCGCAUGCCGCAUUCUUCGCGUGCACGGACAAACUGAAGCGCAAAAUGCCCGGGAGGCUCGUUGGCCGAAGCCGCGAUGUCACUGGAAAACCUGCGUACAGGCUCGCAUUGCAAACUCGUGAACAGCACAUCCGCCGAGAGAAGGCUACAAGCAAUAUCUGCACUAGUCAAGCUCUCCUUGCUAACAUGGCCGCCAUGUAUGCCGUUUAUCACGGGCCUAUCGGAUUACGCCACAUCGCCAACAAAGUGCACGGACUCACAUGUAUCCUCAAGGCCAAUCUCGAGCGUCUUGGUUACUCCGUCCGUAAUCAGUCGUUCUUCGAUACUCUGACAGUAGAGGUUGCUGGAGCAGCGGCAUCUGCGAGUGUCGUGCAUGAAGCAUCUCAGGCUGCUGGCAUCAAUCUUCGGCAUAUCAACGCUUCCACCGUCGGCAUCACCUUUGACGAGAGCGUUGGAGUCGAGGAUCUCAUUGAUGCCAUUAACGUUUUCGCUUCGGCUGCCAACAAACCCCCCGUUCGCGUUUCCGAGCUCGGUGCCGUCAAGGCCGUAUCCGUUCCCGAGGUGCUCCUUCGGCAGUCCGGCUUCCUGUCUCAUCCGGUUUUCAAUAAACAUCAUUCCGAGACCGAAAUGCUGCGUUACAUCCAUCACCUGCAAUCCAAGGAUCUUUCGCUCGUUCAUACGAUGAUUCCUCUCGGUAGCUGCACAAUGAAGCUCAACAGUACGACCAGCAUGGUUCCUAUCACCUGGCCCGAGUUCAGCAACGUACAUCCUUUCGCCCCAGCGGAACAGGUUCAAGGUUAUUUGCAGGUCAUCAAGGAACUUGAGGCAGAUCUUUGUCAGAUUACCGGUUUCCAUGCUUGUUCGCUUCAGCCGAACUCCGGUGCUGCGGGUGAAUAUGCUGGUUUGAGCGUGAUUCGCGCGUACCACGAAUCUCGCGGGCAGGGUCACCGCAAUAUCUGCCUCAUCCCCGUCAGCGCUCACGGCACGAACCCUGCUUCUGCCGUCAUGGCAGGACUGAAAGUCGUUCCGGUCAAAAGCCUCUCCGAUGGAAGCCUCGAUCUCUCUGAUCUGAAAGCAAAGGCUGAGCAGCAUAAGGACAACCUCGCCGCUUUCAUGAUCACUUACCCGUCUACUUUUGGCGUGUUCGAAGAUGGCGUCCGAGAUGCUUGCAAUAUCAUCCACGAAAACGGAGGCCAAGUGUACCUCGAUGGCGCAAAUCUGAAUGCACAAGUUGGUCUGACCAAUCCAGCAACCUGCGGCGGCGACGUGUGCCACCUGAACUUGCACAAAACGUUCGCGAUCCCCCAUGGCGGCGGCGGUCCUGGAGUUGGACCCAUCUGUGUGGCGGAGCACCUUGCACCCUUUUUACCAACGCACCCCGUGUUUGCUACCGGAGGACCACAGGCAAUCGACGCAGUUGCCGGUGCACCGUAUGGCAGCGCCUCUAUCCUUCUGAUAUCUUGGGCGUAUAUCAAGAUGCUAGGAGGGAAUGGCCUCUCCCAUGCCUCGAAAGUAGCGUUGCUGAACGCAAACUACAUGGCAAGUCGGCUGUCGCAGCAUUACAAUGUACGCUACAAGAACGUCAAUGGCCGGGUAGCUCACGAGCUGCUCAUCGAUCUCGCGGAGUUCGAGAAGAGUGCUGGGCUCAAGGUGAUGGACUUCGCGAAACGGCUGCAGGAUUACGGCUUCCACCCUCCAACCUGUUCCUGGCCUAUUUCCACCUGCAUGCUCAUCGAGCCCACUGAGUCCGAAACCCUUGAGGAAAUUGAUAGGUUCUGCGAUGCGAUGAUCCAAAUUCGCCAAGAAGUGGAUGGCAUCAUUUCUGGAAAGCAGCCCAGGGAUAACAACGUCCUGAAGAAUGCGCCUCAUCCCGCUUCGGUAGUUGCAGUUCCGGAUGAUGAAUGGAAGAGACCCUAUUCGCGCGUCACCGCUGCUUAUCCAAUUCCUUACUUGCUUGAACGCAAGUUCUGGCCCACCGUCUCUCGCAUUGAGGAUGGUGAGUUGCUAUAA